UCGAUCGAUCGAUCGAUGGCAGAGGUUUUGAGCAAAACCAGUCUGUUGUCGUCCUGGCAUCAUCAUCAGUAUCAUCAAAACAAUCAAAGCAGCAUCUCCGUUUUCCCAAAGAGUUGUAAUUACAAUAAAUCAAGGUCUUUCUCUUGCUCUCUCAAACUGAAUCCGGAGAUUUCAUCACUAUCGUUAUCGACAAAGAGUGAUUUUCACGGCAAAAGGAUUGCUUUUCAAGCCACCAGCAUCAGGAGGAGUUCCCAACCCCACGCUUCUUCUGCCGUUAAUUCCCAGCAGCAGUCUGGACUUCGGAUUGGCAAAGCUCUGAAAUGGUGGGAGAAGGGGAAUCAACCCAACAUGAAAGGGGUGGCAUCUGCGGAGGACCUAGUGGAAUCCCUUUCAAAUGCCGGGGAUAAGCUGGUGGUCGUUGAUUUCUUCUCUCCUGGCUGCGGUGGCUGCAAGGCUCUUCAUCCCAAGAUAUGUCAGCUGGCAGAGACGAACCCAGAUGUUCAAUUCCUUCAGGUGAACUACGAGGAACACAAGUCCAUGUGUUACAGUCUCAAUGUUCAUGUCCUGCCCUUCUUCCGCUUUUACAGAGGUGCUCAUGGUCGCCUUUGCAGCUUCAGCUGCACCAACGCCACGAUCAAGAAGUUUAGAGAUGCAUUAGCCAAGCACAAACCAGAGCGGUGCAGCCUUGGGCCAACAAAAGGGCUGGAGGAGAAAGAGCUCCUAGCUCUUGCUACCAACAAAGACCUCUCAUUUACCUACACUCCUAAACCAACAGAAGAUGUGCCUGCCAAGGAGGAAGUGAUUGUGGCUGAAGAGGCACCAUCUCGUCUUCCUCUUGUGUCGGCAACCUCAAAGUCUGCUCAAGUGGUCACUGCCUGGAGGUAACAGUGGCACAUACAAGCAGUUGAGAGUUGAGAGCUGCGGUUCUUUGGAAUUGGUUUUUGGGAUCCAAGCCUGCGUGCAAAAAUCAUGUGUUGUAAAUUUGAAGAGAGCAACCAAUUGUAUUUCGGAAUGUUGGUCCGCUCUUAUCAUAUCCUGUGUGCAAGUGUGUAUGUAAUUAAAAGCUUCCUGGUCUUCUUGUUCUAUAAGUAGUCUUGAGCCAGUGGGAAGAUGGAAGAUCCUUGACACUCCUCUCCUCACCUGUUGUUUUUACUGGGGUGUGGCAUCAUCAUAUAUAUGUAUGUGUGUAUACAAGUUAAUAUUUGGGAUUUGAAGUUUGAAUGCAAUGUUGACUGCUGAUUUUAUGCUGCA